CGCUCUUUUCCCACCCCACCAAUUUUCAUCUCUGCUAUUUUCUGUUCUCUUUCCGCAAAGAUGGACAAAAGGUCCGCGGAGAGUCCUAUGGACUUCGAGUGGCAGACCCGGGCUCCGGGGGACGUCACCUCGCCUUUCUACCAGCUCAGCAUGCAACAUGACAACCAGAAGAAACGACCCCAUAGUAUCUUCGAUUCCCCGCCCAAGAAACAGAUGCCCGCGCUGCGUGAACCGAACUCGCAACCUUUCCUAUUCUCUCGACAACCUCAAUCCCAACAGCCUCCCAGUACCCCCAAAUCGGUCUUCGGCAAGUCGGCUGCCUUCAUGACCCCUCGCAAAUUCGAUGUCGACUUUUCCUCCGGCCCUGAGAAUAUGUCGUCGCCGGAAUGUGCAGACAACGAGGACACCCCCGAGCCGCCGACCAAGUCGGGUCAUCGCAAUUCCCUAUUCAACAUGUACGGACGGUUUGCGCCGAGCCCUGGACGAGGCGAGAUCCCUCGCAUGAACCACUAUUCGAAUGCGUUGGCGCGACGGGUGCAUAAGCGGCGACGCAGGGAUAAAGCGCUGGAUCUGCAGCUGCGAAGGGAGGGCAGUGACGACGAAGACGAGAGCGACCAUGAUCGGCCGAGCAGCAGGGAGGAGCAGUCGUUGCAGAAGAAGCAGCCGAAGCGGGGACAGGGGCAGAUGGGAGUCGAGGGCCAGCAGCCGGCGAGUCGGAGCUCGUCGUUUUCGGAUUUCUUCGCCCUGUUGGAGGCGCAUCCCAAUAUUCCGAGCAUCCUGUCCUGGUGGGCGCAGCUGGUGGUGAACCUGUCGCUGUUCUCGCUUACUGUCUACGUGGUGUUUGGAUUUGUGUCGACGAUUCGCUCCGAGUUUGAGCAGGCUGCCGAGGAGGUGUCCGAUGGCAUCCUGGCUGAGAUGGCUACUUGUGCCAGGAACUACGUGGAUAAUAGGUGUGCUGGACACGAUCGGUUGCCCGCUCUGGAGACGGUCUGCGAAAACUGGGAACGCUGCAUGAAUCGGGAUCCGGCGAAAGUUGGACGAGCUAAGGUGUCGGCGCACACGAUGGCGGUCAUCAUCAACAGCUUCAUCGACCCUAUCAGUUGGAAGGCGAUCCUGUUCUUCCUCGCUACCAUCUCCACUGUGACCGUCGUCAGCAACUGGUCCUUCCGCUCGUUCAGAAAAAACCGCCUGCAUCAGCAAGAAUACGCUUCAACCCAUGCCUACCCGCAACCCCCACCUACCCAGCACAAUCCGAGCAUCGCCUACCAGGGACAUACCUCGAGCUUCGAUCGCAAGCAGGAUAACCCGUUUUUGGUGGAACAUUCCCAGACGUGGUCGUGACUUGACAAAUCCGCUACAUCGGAGGCCUGUCAAGCAGACCAGGAACUUUGACUCGUCAGAUGGGCAUGCUUCUACUUUCUCUGCAGUCAAUUAUUGCAUCAUCGGCGCCCCUGCUAUGGAGUUUCGUUUUAUUUCUAAUAUUCUUAUUUUUUUUGGGAUACUGAGACGGUUAAUCUCAGAUACAGCCAAGGUGUUUGUGAUUCGCAUAACAAAAGGACGUGAAGGAGUUUGCUUGCCCAACUUUUGGAUUCUUAAUCUGUAUAUAUUUCCUACAUAAACACGCAUUGUAUUGCAGGAC